AUGGAGAGUAUCAGAUGGAAGCCGUUGUACAGGCUGGCCAUGAAGACGCUGGCUGGUCAUGCCAAUGGCUUAGCCGGCCUUAUGGCAUUCCAGUACAUUGUCUUCAAGCGCGCUCUUAGCGAGGUCUCGCUCCAGGACGGCUCCGUAGUGGUUUGGUGCUUGGUUUUAGCCAUCGCGGCUUUCACUUGCAGCGCAAUGCUCGCUAGCACGUCGUUUAUGCUCGCCGACUACUUAAGGCGGGUCGCCAUUGACAAAGCCAUGUCCCGUGGAUUCGGGCUCCAGCUUCCGGCCAGGAGUAUUAGGCAGAGCCGUAUCGGAGUUUGCACUGUCCUCUUGGCCCUCAUGAACUUGGCUUUGCUUCAUCGUGGAGCUCUGUGGAAAGAAACGCCCUUGAAAGACGUUCCUCUGGAAGAUGUCCAGCGAGUGGAACUGCUUGUCACUUUCCUACUGAUGGACGGCGUCGCCCAUGAGCAGGUUCCGUCGUAUCAAGGAUGGAUAUGCCAGAAGGUCCGGGCAGUUCGUCAACAUGCGCCAAGGGAGGACGGCAUCGAGCUCGCAUCUUGCAGCAGAACCGAUGUGGUCGGUGCAAGCCCAGCAGAGUGGCCACGCCCAGCGGAGCCUGAGGUGUCUGACAAGACUUUCGCGGACCUGCCCUCCCCGGUAGAAAAACUCCCUGCUCUCAUGUCUCAUCGCCCUGGAGUGCUGCCACUACACCUGCUCUUGGCGCUCGUUGUUGUAGCAUCUCUUGUUUAUCUCCCGGUUGCGACGCUCCAGAUCUACGAACGGCUUUUCACGCCGCAGAUGAAGAACUUCGAAGUUCAUGGAGGCAGUUUCUGCGAGGAGCGGGGCGAAGUGAGCCACGGUUCUUCUACGACAUCGGGAGAUCAAACGACAGGUUCAUCAUUGCUUUUGUGCUUACCUAGCUUUUCCAUCCACCCAUCGCGCCACUGCUAG